AUGGGUAAGAAGGAUUCGAAAGUGAAAGUAGUUGCCGUAGGAGAUGGUGCUGUCGGCAAAACAUGUUUAUUGAUGGUUUAUGUAAAUAAUGAAUUUCCAGAAGAAUACAUUCCAACAGUUUUUGAAAAUUACGAUACAAAUGUCAAACACAAGGGAAAUAACAUAACAUUAUCUGUUUGGGAUACUGCUGGUCAAGAAGAUUACGAUGAAUUGAGACAUUUAUCAUUCACAUUUUGUAAUUGUUUCCUAGUUUGUUUUGCAGUUACCAACAAGACCUCAUUCAACAAUAUCAGUACCAAGUGGAUACCUGAAAUUAAGAAUUUUUCAGCAAAAACUCCAUUCAUUCUCGUUGGAACUAAGGGAGAUAUGAGAGGAAAGAAUUCAGAUGCUGAUGUUGUGAGUUAUGCGGAGGCUGAAAAGCUAGCUAAGGAUAUUGGAGCUGUUUGUUAUAUUGAAUCAUCUGCUCGUACAAGAAAGGGUGUUGAUGAGGUGUUCCAAAAGGCUAUUGAUAUUAAUGUAAAGAAGGGAUGCGAAAUUAUGUAAAAUAGAAAAUGGAUUAAAAAAUAUAUGUUUG